AACUGACUCUCUCUCUCUCUCUCUCUCUCUCUCUCUCUCUCUGCUUCCAACCUGAAACGGGGGAGAGGAACAUUUUGCCGAGACGAAAACGCCAUACCCAAUCUCGAACCUGAUCAUGCAUCUCGUGCUCGUGAACCAGUCCCUUGAUUGGGAUUAGAUCUAUAGGUCAUACAUUUCAUUUCAAAGGAAGGGAAGGUAUGAUUUCUAACUCUGAAUUUAAUUUUGCUUGUUCUUACUGUUCUUCUCUCUGCGAAAAGGGGAAUUUUCUGUCGAUCGGAAUUGGUCAUCUUUGGUUGGUUCAGGACGAUGGCAACGAACAGUUCAGACUCCCGGAGGCUCUUAUUAUUAUUAUUAUUAUUAUUAUUAUUAUUAUUAUUAUUAUUAUUAUUAUUAUUAUUAUUAUUAUUAUUAUUAUUAUGAUUUAUUGAAUGAGCCAACAGCUUCCAAUUCUGCUGUGUGAAUUGUCCUACCCCGGUAUGUUCUUAAUACAUCGGUAAAACUUUCUUCUUAAUCCAACAAUUGGUCUGCAUGUAACUGUAGUAAAGAAAGAGUGAUUAUCUCACCAUUUGACUUACCAAGCCUCAGUAUGCAGUACACUUUGGCCUUUAACAUUCAGUUAGCUAGCAGUCAUUACAUAUGAAAUCGCAUAAAAAGUUUUGCAGAAAUUAGGCCACAUGUUUACUGAUUGCUGCUAGUUUUGCAGAUGGACAAGAUCAAUGGGACGAACCCGGAGUCUACCGAUCAAAACAGGCCCCUUCAUUGGCUAGUAGACCCGACGAGUUCGAGGAGGAGGAAUCUCUUGUUACACCAGAUGCAUUGUCUGCUAGAAUUGGUGGUUUCCAAAUAUAUGCAGGAUCUGUGAAUUGGGGGGUUUUCGGCAGCAUGAAGAUUGUGUUUCUCAAGUCCAAGCUCAAUGUGUUGAUACCAUGUGGAUUUUUAGCAAUUUUUCUCAAUUACAUGACCCAAAGAUAUGUAGGCACACCAAAUUUUCAUCUAACAAUUACUUUGUUGAUUCUUUCCUUUGUUUUUUUUUUCUUUUCUUGAAAAGAAGCAAAAGCUUUGCCACGUAUAUAUUGGAUGCUUUCCUUUGCAACGUUGUGCUCUUGUAUUGAUAUUACUGACUUAUCUCUUUUCAAGGGUUGGGUAUUUCCUCUAAGCAUGCUGGGUAUUAUUCCUUUGGCUGAGCGAUUGGGUUUUGCCACCGAGCAACUGGCACUUUUCACUGGGCCAAAAGUUGGGCGUCUUCUAAAUUCUGCAUUUGGCAAUGCAACCGAGUUGAUCAUAUCAAUACAUGCACUAAGUAGAGGAAAACUACACGUUGUUCAACAAUGUCUGCUAGGAUCAAUCCUGUCAAACUUGCUUCUUGUUCUUGGUUCAGCAUUCUUCAGUGGUGGACUUGCUUGCGGCAAAACCAUGCAGACCUUUAGCAAGGCAGAUGCAGUAGUGAACUCCGGAUUGCUUUUGAUGGCAGUGAUGGGGUUGCUCAUUCCCGCUGCGCUGCAUUAUACUCAUUCAGAAGCUCAAUUCGGCAAGUCAGAACUAGCGUUGUCGAGGUUCAGCAGCUGCAUUAUGCUCGUUGCUUAUGCAUCCUACCUUUACUUUCAGUUGUCAAACAAUCGGCGUCGCAAUGAAGCUAAUGUGAGACGAAUUCAGGAUGAUGUGGAUGGCAAUGAUGAUGAAGUUCCUGAGAUCUCCAAACGGGAAGCCAUUUCCUGGAUUGCAAUUUUCAUUGCUUGGAUAUCAAUGCUCUCUUACUACUUGGUUGAUGCAAUAGAUGGGGCUUCCAAAGCUUGGAACAUACCAGUUGCAUUCAUCAGUGUUGUUUUGCUCCCAGUGGUGGGGAAUUCAGCAGGACAUGCUAAUGCUGUCAUGUUUGCAGUGAAAGACAAAUUAGACAUUUCUCUUGGAGUGGCAAUAGGAUCAUCGAUACAGAUAUCCAUGUUUGGGAUACCAUUUUGUGUAGUGAUGGGAUGGAUGAUGGGCAAGCCAAUGGACCUAAACUUCCAUCUCUUUGAGACGGCAAGCCUCUUAACAACUGUACUGGUUGUUGCAUUUUUGUUGCAGGAUGGGACUUCAAAUUGUGUGAAAGGAUUGAUGCUAUUUCUCUGUUAUCUGAUAGUAGCUGCCAGUUUUUAUGUACAUGCUGAUCCAAAUUCCAAGGCAAGUGAGAAGCCUCCACAAAACUAACAAUACCUGGAAUAUCAGGUGGACUAUGCACAAGAUCUCUAGUGUGUGAACACAUUUGCAGUCAGAACAGGAACUAAUUGUGUUAUUUUUAACUGAAUUUCAAGUGCUUCAGUCCUCACAUUUAGAGGUCUUUCAAGCACAUCUAGUCUUGUAGAUAAGCAGAAACUGAGGAGAAGCUCAAACAUGAUCAUUCAGUUGUGUAGGCAGCAGUUACCUUGCUAUUGUACUGGCAGAGAUAGCACAAAGAAAAAACAUUUGUAAAUUUGGGAUAAGUAUUCAUAUUAUGGUAAUCAGAUUUACAGAGUGAAAUAAAGUA